AUGGCCCCCACUGCACUUGAAGAGCGCACCCCGGGCGGGGUAGACCCGAAGUCCAAAGUCGAGGCCGCGGCCGACGAAUCGCUCAGACGAAGGUUGACGGCAGCACAGAGUCGAUUCGUGGAAUCACACCCGAAAUCAAAGGAGCAACAUGAAAUCGCGGUUUCCCAUCUGCCCGGUGGCAACACAAGGACUCUGCUCCACACCUCUCCCUUCCCACUCACGAUGAAAUGCGGCAAGGGGCCGUUUGUGUGGGAUGAAGACGGGCACAAGUAUCUUGAUUUGGUCGGAGAGCUCAGCGCUGGCAUUUACGGCCACUCGCACCCCGUAAUCCGCGAGGCCAUGGUCUCGACCUUCGACAACGUCGGCCUGAACCUGGGAUCCACGACAAGCCAGGAGCACAAAUACGCAGCGCUCAUAUGCGAGCGGUUCGACCUGGAGCGGGUGCGGUUCGCAAACUCGGGCACCGAGGCCAACAUGCACGCGUUCAACGCCGCGAGGGUCUUCACGGGCAAGAACAAGAUUGCUGUCUUCUGUGGGGCGUACCACGGCGCAGUGUUCAGCUUUGGGAAUGGGAAGGUGGCGUCUAACGCUGUCAAUAGAGAGGACUGGGUCAUAGGCAAGUACAACAACGUCGAGUCUGCCAAGGCGGUUAUCGAGGAAACACCAGGCCUUGCUGCUGUCAUUGUUGAAGCUAUGCAAGGCGCUGGAGGUGGUAUCAGUGGGACUGAAGAAUUCCUAUUUCAGAUUCAGGAGUCAGCAAAGAAGGUCGGGGCGGUCUUCAUCCUCGACGAGGUGAUGACCUCCCGUCUUGCCCCACACGGCCUCCAGGGAGUCCUCGGCCUCAAGCCUGACCUGGUGACGAUGGGGAAAUAUCUCGGCGGGGGCUUCGCAUUCGGCGUGUUCGGCGGCCGAGAAGACAUCAUGGCUGUCUACGAUCCACGGUCCGCCCGUGCGGUGGCACAUUCGGGGACUUUUAACAACAACACCAUGACAAUGCAUGUCGGCCACGCAGGCCUGUCAAAGAUCCUGACGCCAGAGGUGAUCACCUCCUUCAACGCAAAGGGCGACAAGUACCGCCAACGGCUUCAAGAGGUCACCAAGGGCACCAAGUGCUCCGUCACAGGCCGUGGGGCAUUGUGGGCAGUUCACUUCUCGGAUACCGGCCUGCGCGAUAUCAGAUCGGUGGAAGACGUCAGUGAGCGGCACGACUUGCAUGACUUGUUCUGGUUUGAGAUGCUGGAGGAAGGGUAUUGGAUCCAUAGGCGGGGGUCUAUCGCCCUGAUCCUAGACACACCCGAUGAGGAGCUGGAUCGCUUUGUGGGUUCCAGCGAUUUCGCAAAGCCACCCAUCACCGAGUACGUCCCGUCAGUGCCUCGCCCAGGCAAAACAUACAAAAUCCAUCUCAAAGGCACAGACAAGGUGGUCACAAUCACGGAGGGCGAGGUGGUGGUUCAGUCGCCAGCCGAAGCCCAGCCCGGGGGAGGCUGGUUCUGGGUCUGCGUGGAGAGGGGCAACUGGCUCGGCUUCCGCAACCACGUGUCCGGGAGCCUUCUGGGCCACAACGGCAAGUCGGGCCUCCACGCAAAAGCUACGCAGCAGAAGGCGCACGAAUCCUUCUGCGUCCGUCACCACCCCGAUGGUGGGUAUGUGCUUCUCGUGAAGUACCCGCGGGGCGAGGAGCUGAGGCAGGUAGGCUGCGCGCCGUGGGACAGGAAGACGCUCGUCGAGAAGGACAAGGAUGGCGCCCGGUGGAUGUUCGAGGAAGUGUAG